AGAAGUAGUAGAAGAAGAAGAAGAAGAAGAAGACACGCAGCGUUGGUUCAACAUGGCGGCGGCUAGGAGGCUGAAACGCGUGGUAGCUUCACAGCCCGGGUUUCUGCCGGUGAAGACCUCAGUGGACGCCGCGGGUUUGACGAGCGGCCGGAGGAAACGAGUGAAUAAAAACAAGAAGAAGAGCUGGGGUAAACACAGCGACAUCCAAGAUGUGGAGCAGUUUCUGGACGACGUGCGGCUCCAGGAGAGGACCACGGGGGGUCUGCUGUCUGAGAGGCCCGAUGACAGCCUGUUCUUUCUGGACGUCGGACAGGAGCCGAAAACCACACAGAAGGCAGAGGAACCUGUCGAGGGGAAGAAGAGGAAAGGGAAAGCAUCGCGCCCUCUGAGGAUUGACCUGAUCCUGCAGCAUGACUCCCUCGUUCCGCCGCCUAAAGAUGUUUUGGCCCACCAGAAGCCCAACGCCAAGAAGCUGCGUCGCCUUGCCCAGAGGGCCGAGCGGUUGGCAGCCAAAGGUGUGGUGCCUCGGAAGCAGAGACAGCUGCUGAACAGGCGUCCGGUCGACAAGACGGCCAAGAAAACAGCAACAGAGGCCAACAACAAUCCAGACAGAGGGUUUUACAAUCUAUGGGGACAAGAGGCUAAAGACGCCUCCGACCCAUGGUACCUUCAACAGACUGGCAAGAAGCUUGUCAAGCGCCCAGAGAAGUUAGUGAAUGAGCCAUCGGUGGUCCCUGCGUGGAGGUGAUCGCUCCCAGGAGGAUCCUACAACCCUGAGUUCUUCUCCCAUCAGGCCUUGCUGCUGGAGGCCCAUGAGGUGGAGGUGAAAAAACAAAAGGAAGAGGAGAAAAUAGAGAAACAGCUGGCCUUCAACAAAGAAGAGACGGCUACAGAGGAGACAAUCUUCCAGGAGCAGGUGGAAGGCCUGCUGGAGGAAGAAGAAAAAAAUCCUGUUGAGGAAGAGGGGCAGGGUGAGAUGCCGGUGGGAGCCAUCGUGUUGGCAGAGAAAAAGACAGAGAAACAGAGGAAGAGAGAGAAGAUGGACAAGAUCAAGGCGCAGCAACGUCAGGUUGACAGACAGCAGAUCGACCGGCGGCAGCAGCUCUUCCAGCUUCGCUCCAUCAAAGCCUCCAUCAAACAGCAGGAGCAGAGGACCAAGGAGAGACAGACAGAACGCAAGGCCAAGCAGGAGGCCCAGAAAGCCAUGCCCAGACGCCUCGGCAGACUCAAGUUCCAGCCUCAGGACCUGGAGGUUCAGUUGAGCGAUGAGUUGGCCAGCUCCCUACGACAACUUAAGCCAGAGGGCAGUAUCCUCAAGGACCGCUUCAAGAGUCUGCAGAAGAGGAACCUGAUUGAACCAAGAGAGAGAGCCAAGUUCAAGAGGAGACAUAAGCUGAAGUACGUGGAGAAGAGGGCUUUCAGAGAGAUCACUUAGUGCCGAGCCAUCGGACCACAGGGCCUGAACACCAGAAGCCGGGAGAUGUUCAAGAGCCACAAGUGCAACAGAAUGACUGUUUAUAGGCUCAUUGGACCCAUUUGAAGGUCUCACUUCUCGUGCCAGUAAUCACUGUGAUGGUUACAACUACUUAAAGUUUAAUAUGCCACCCACAACAAUGGAUUUCCAACUUUUAUUAUUGUAUUUAAAAUGAGACUAAAAGAGCUGGAGAUCUGUGCUGUUUGAGUCGUUGUGUAGCGUGUUUGCUGCGUCAACGGUGCCUUCCAUUUUUAUGUGAUCAUUGCUUCAUCCAUAUAAUUCCUAAUUUGCAACAAUAAGUUCACCCUGAUAACACCUGUCUGUGACACUAGCAGAUGGACUACAAUGUGAGCCUUUUGUAUUAGAAAGGUUAUUUAAAGAUUUUCAGUCUACAACCGGGUCAGUGUUAGUGUCAGUGUGUCUCUGUUGUGGAUGAAUGAAGAUUUAAUGCAUAGACUAAUAACUGGGUCAGCCACAGCAAGUGUCAAUAGCCACUUCAUGGAUGUCAGUCAGGGCUAUAUUAGUUCGGACAUGAUCGUCUAAUUUCCUGUGAUUACUACACUUUGUCUACAUAAACAUCCUAUAUCAUCAGUGAGUUUCAUGGAGAAUGCUGGAUGUGUUACAUCAGAAUUUCAUAAAAAAAAAAACUGAAUGGAAAAAGGCGCAUAAAAAAGAAUUACUAUUCUUGUCUGACUUACUGCAGUGUUAAUUAUUUCAUGCUC